UGGUAACAGGAAAAGGUCUUGUUUACAUCACUGGUAUGUCCUGGCCUAGGUAACGUCAGCCCAGCUAAGAGAAGUGAAAUGAUUUUUACGAGUUUUGGAAGAUAAUUUGUUUUCUAAGUUUAAGCUGUUGCCUUCGUGCAACACUAACUUGGCGAUAAGUUUCUGAGAGACGAACCUCUUGAUUUAAGAGUGAAUCCGUUUAAAUGGCGUCGACAAAUGAUCCAUUUCAAUUUCAAGAAUUUGAAGAAGCUGGAAAUCUGUUAGAAGCCAACAGGGGUGCAACCACCAUUAGCAUUGAAGAAGAAGAUAUAAAACCUGAGAAGCAGAGAAAGGCUGCUGGUUUAUUUUCUGGUGGUGAUGAUGAGGACCCACUUGCCAAUGACGACAAGACAGAGCUUCUCUCUGGGCAGAAGAAAAGUGUCCCUUUCUGGACCUUUGAGUACUACCAAAGAUUUUUUGACGUCGAGACCCACCACGUGAAAGAAAGAAUCAUUGGAUCAGUGUUGCCAUGGCCUGGAAAGAACUUUAUCCACGUCUACCUUCGAGGAAACCCUGAUCUUUAUGGACCAUUCUGGAUUUGUACCACUCUUGUGUUUGCCAUUGCCAUCAGUGGAAACUUAUCCAACAUUCUGGUGAACAUAAGUAAACCGGACUACAGGUAUACCGCAGAAUUUCGAAAAGUGACCAUAGCUGCAACAGCAAUCUUCAGCUAUGCUUGGUUGGUGCCUCUCGCCCUCUGGGGUUUCCUGCUAUGGAGAAACAACAAGAUCAUGAACUUGGUGUCAUACUCCUUUAUGGAGAUAGUCUGUGCAUAUGGCUAUUCACUUUCAAUUUACAUACCUGCAGUGGUCUUAUGGAUUCUCCCAUUUGAAUGGCUGGGGUGGUGCUCCAUUAUGGUGGCUCUUUGCAUCUCAGGCUCAGUACUGGUGAUGACUUUCUGGCCUGCAGUCAGGGAUGACCACCCCAAAGUUAUCCUAGCGAUCAUAUCAGCCAUUGUGGUGCUCAACGUCCUGUUUGCCGUUGGUUGUAAGGCCUAUUUCUUUAGCAAACCAGAUCCAGCACCAGGUGUAAAGAGUUCUACCGCAGCAGAGGUGAUCAAAGCAACAUCUUCAACAUGAAAGCUUUUCAUUGUCUGAAGGUUCUCCUGUUGCCUUAUUAGAGAGAAUCGGGUUCCUGAGCUGAUGAAGUCAUGGGUCGUCUGGAUUUCACCUGCACUUGGACAUUCUGGCUCAAGACCUUAAAACCGAGUGUGUGUACUUGGUUCAGCUGCAUGACCUCUGAAAAUGAGCACUGCUACCAAGUAUGUUAUUUCUUAUGGGAUGGGUUCUAAAUUUCCUUAAAGAUAAAUGGGGUAUGGUGUUACACAGCCCACAAAGUCUCUUUUAAUACGGUGGUUUACGCUUUAUAGUUCUUAAGUUGAAAUAUUUAGAUAACCAGUGCAGUAAUGUUGGUACAUUAAUGUUGGUGGCAUUUUGUAUAUGCAUUUUUAUACUAUACCUAUAAUGAGAACUGGCUAGUAUACAUGUGUACAGAAUUUCCGGUAAGAACAGCAAAACAAUUAUAGAUGUUGGUAUGAUUUUCAAGGGUUGGACUCAAUAUGUACAGAGUUUUUUGUAUUUUUCUCUAGCAGAUAUAACCAUAAGUGCCCUCAACUAAUGCCAAAGACCCAUCCUAAAUGUCCAAGUGAUUUACAACUUGUCUAACUGUUUUUGUAAAUUUCUUUUAAUUUUUUUUUUUUAUUUGAUGGAAUGUAAGAAAUUUAAUGUCUGUUUCAUGGGCAAUAGAAUAAACCAUAGUUGUUGUGGGA